GGCUGAGAUUGUUACCUAGCCAAUUUGAGAUAGCUAUAUAGAAAGAAACCUACACGCUACAGGCUCAAGUUAACGUUAAAAAUUUAGUAAGCCAGUCACGUUGGCAUAUUUAUAUUACUUCGUCAAUCAGCCAUAUUACUAACGUUAGCUACAGGCAUAACCGCUCUACCGUUAGCUAGUCUAUGCUAUCUAUGAGAAAUGUCCGCGAAUAUCAACCCCCUUGCAAAUCCAAAAGGAGCGAAUAAAGUGUGUGAGCUUUGCGAAAAACCAGCGUACAUUCAAUGCACGAAGUGUUUUGUCACUUUCUACUGUGGCAAGGAGCACCAGGAUGAUGACUGGGUAGCGAUCCACCAGAAGGUGUGCCAGCUGCUGAUCCCUGUCCGCACCCCUGUGCCCUACUAUACCCUGGAGGCGGAAAGGGAGCAACACUACACCCAGAUCCUGGACAGACAGAAGCUGCUGAUGGAGAUCUCGCAGAGGGUGGCGGAGAAGAAGCUGUUUGAGAAGCGGCACAAGGAGUCUCUCCCUGCGGCUCUGCUCUCUCUGCACUCCGCCAUGGACAUCUACGGCACCAGCGGGGUGCAGCUGGUCCCCGCCUACCUGCUGCUGGCCGAGGCCAACAUCGGCCUGGCGAACCUCUCCCCGGCAGAGCAGUACCUGUCCUGGGCGGACUGGACGGUGGUGAGGACCCCCGACUGCGGCCGCACCGUCCGCCACAAGCUGCACCGCUGCAUGGGCCGACUCUUCAUCGUCAAGGGCGACCUGGAGGGGGCGCUGUUUCACCUCGCCAACGACAUCUACUAUGCCAGUGAGCAGUAUGGCCAGGAUAGCAUAGUGACCUGCGGUGGCUACUAUCUGAUGGCAGAUGUGUUUUUUAGGCAGAGAAAGAUGGACAUUGUGAAUUCCCUGUACACAGAGGUGGCGAACACCUGGCAUUCCCACCUGAGUAGACUUCUGGAGAAACACAUCGAGAACACCAUCACACCAGAGGAAUCCUUUGACGAGGCCCAGCAGGCGGAGGCCGAUCAGAUGCUCCGGUCCCUGCUGGACGUCCCGGACGGGGGCCCCAAACAGCAGCCCGCCCAGUCAGCCGCGCUGGCCCACUCCCUGGGCAUCCUGUGGCUCCUGGACGGAGACCCUGAGAGGGCUCUGGAGUUUGGCAGGAGGGCCCUGGGGUACUGCCAGAUGGUCCAGGACUGCUGGCUGACCGACCCCGUCCGCAGACUGCUGCAUCUGGCGGAGGAGGGCCUGGACGCUGCCCAAAAGGGGAGUCCUGACUCCCCCCCCUGCCCCAGCGCCCCCCCCGAGCACCAACGCAGCGCCCUGCUCUCGUGA